AUGCCCUCUCAAUUCGUUUGCCAGUUCACGAAACCACUCAUCCACUCCUUCGUUUUCAAACCACCGUUCCCAUUACCCGGAGAAUCUAACACAGACGCGUUGUCUAGCGCAGACUCCUCAAAAAAACAUGCAUUGCAUUCUUUGCUCGUCUCGCUAAAUGACACUCAAACUAUCACCUCUUCCGUGGUUGCCAACACGGUCACCUCUCUCAGAAGUCUUGAUACACCUACCCUCUUGAAUGCAGACGAUCCGGAAGAGGAGGCACUGAAGCAUGCUAUUGUUACUAAGCUUGUCGUGGCUGUCUAUGCGGAAGCCCUAGAUACGUAUUUGACACAGGCGACGGAAGUCGAGGCGGAGGCUGAAUGGUGGGCUGAUAUUGAGCGCUCUCGACUCAAUGUCACUUGGUAUCUUUUGCAAAGUUUGUUUUCUCACUUAACUGAUGUCGAAAAGAUGUUCGUUGAUAAAUCGGGACGACUAGCUUUACCAGGUCGCCUUCUGAAUGUUGCACGCAUCAUCGUUCAAACCGUUCAAGCCAAAGACUUGCCGUUGCAAUUAUCAACUCUAUCCCCUGCGUCCUUGCGCAAACUCUUUCCAAGUCCAAAUUCACUGCACCCUUCGGCCCUUGUGACUACUUUCUUUCCCCAACCACUCUCCAUUACCUCUUCUGCAUUUAUCCUCUCUCCGAAAACCGAAGCUUCAUCCGCAAUAAAGAAAGCCCUCUCAUACGUCACACUACCUACUUUCCUUGCGCAACAGGAAUGUAGAUACAAUAGAAAGGAGCUCGAGAAAAUUAGAGACGAGCGUGCAGAUGCGCUUGGAAGGCUCGCUCAGCUUCGCGGACCUCUCGCUGCUCUCAUUGGUACUCCGAGCCCUAAUAACAGCCACCAAGAACCGUUCUCAUUCUUAGGUUUUCUGGAGUUGUUGAACAGUGUCGUUACACCAGAAACUGUGACUUCCACAGCUCUUGAUGAUACCUUCGGAGCAAUCCAAUAUCUUUCACAAAUAUCCUUGCCCUCCCUUGGUCCCACUCAUGUCGAUUAUCUGAAGUCACAGCAUCUCCUACGGCCUUCGCGGAUUACCCUACUCUGGCCUAAAUUGUUGUUUCUUCCUCCGCUUGCCCUGUACGCUUUGCGCUUUGGGUACGCGUCGCGUGUGACGCUUUUUGAUAUGCUCAAAGAUGCGAGAGACACGGUGGAAGGUUUUGUGAAGGGGUGGCUCGUCGAACCGCUCAAAGAAGUCUUGAAAACCGUCAGAGCUGGCGGGGCGGAAGGAGAGGCUGGCGUGAUCGUCAGCAAGGAGGGGGUGAUCGCAGACUUGGAGUCGUUGGAACGCAUGACGCUUUCGCUUGCUCGCGACGAGUUGCGAUAUGAUUCACAACAACUUGAUGCACUCGCUCAAAAGAUAAGGGUUGGCGAUUUAACUCCCAUCAUGGAGAUAUAUGAGGAAGACAUCAGGCAUCCCCUCAAAUCAGCCAUGAUGGGUUCUUUAUUGAGGGGCUUGUUCAUCCAAAUUCAGAAAGCCAAGGUGGACAUCGAUCAAGCGCUUUCUGGCAUUGAUAGGCUUCUCAAGUCUCAGGAGCUAACCUUUGCAUUUGUGGGUGUCGCGCCUGCAUUCGCCAUUGUGUACCUUGUGGUUGGGCUGCUUGGGGGACUGUUGGGUGGCAUCGGCGGCCGUGGAAGGCGGAUCGAACGUUUGCUCAUCACGCAGCCCACGACACCCCUACCAUCACUGCCCACCGGCCUCUUGCUUUUGUCCGUGACCCGUUUGCGGACGUAUGGAGAGCGUUAUCUACCGGGCUCUUCCUCCUCGUCAGGUUACUUUACUCGGGGAAGGCUCCCCGUCAGAGAAGCAUUCUUGGAGGAUGUUGCGGAUCUUGAAGACCCAGAACUUGGACGAGAUGCGAAGAUGCGGGUUGUUGAGCGUAUGUGGCGGUGUUGGGGCACAAUUCUGGGGUGGAAUGUUGGGGGAUUUGUGUAGAAUGGGUCUGGGUAUCAUGCGAGUUACCGAUGCGAAAAAAAUGCACGUUUUCGACU